GGUAGAGAGCGCGAGAGAAGAACAAAAAUUAAGUUGUAUGCCUUUCUCAGACUCAGUGUCUGUUGUCUGGUGAUGCGGUGCCGGUGUAAGACCCGUGCCCCGUCUCCAGCGGCCUGGAGAAUCUGGAAGGUUCGCUGACACCUACCUCGGGCGAUGUUCGUGCAGGCUCCACACUUCACAUCACUACCGCUACACUACGCUCCACCCACUCACACAACAUGCGAGACCUCACUUCUUUCAUGUGACUAUAAAUACAGAAAGCACUUUCAUUGUAUGAGACAAGGAACAUCAUACACUGUUACCAUGGCUGUCGUAGGUCAAAGUUCAACAAAGCAGACAGGUCCUCAAAUGGAUAUGACUCCCAGGGCAAUCAAUGUUGGUGCAUUUGCUGUAGCCAGAGCUGAUGAGAUCAAUACUAUGAUGAGGUCCAUCUCAACCAACAAUUCCAUUCAACGGAUAUUCCAAAGGUUACCCCGUCACAUGCGAAGGCGAGCCAUGAGUCACAACAUUAGAAGGAUGCCAAGACGACUGAGAGAGAAUGCAAGGAUCCAGGCAGAGAAAAGUGUCAAGAAGAAGCCCAAACAGGAUACCACUGGAGCUGCUAAAAAGUCUCGUCGCCAUCGGAGACGACCUGGAAAUCUUCGUGAGAUGUACGCAAAGCGACAGAUGAGGAACCGCUGGAUGGAGACGCAUAUCUGGCAUGCCAAACGUUUCAAGAUGGUGGAACGUUGGGGAUGGAAGAUACCCCUCCAUCCCUCGGAUAAGAGUGCUAGAGCUGUUUACAGAGCAACAGCCAGGCAUUGUGUGAUUAGUGAUAUUUCCUAUCAUCAGGUCAUUGAAGUUCAAGGGACACAGGUCAAUAUUGUAUCGGCCAUGAAACAUUUGACAAGCCCUCAUGUCGGUUUAACUAUGGCUUCUAGAGCAUAUCUCCAUGGCACUAGACACAGUGGGGUGCUGCUAUAUCACAGGGAUACCUACCCUCAUGGAGCUAUUUGUCCUGUGGACUACCUCUGGCACUGUGAGCUCCAUGCAUCUAUGGCUCCACCCGGAGCACACACACAGGAGUUGAAUAGCAAUGGAGGAGAUGAUGAUAGUAAGAUAAGGAAACUUUGGAUGUGGAUACACCCUUCUUGCUGGAAAGAAGUCAUAGCAGAACUGAAAGCAGUGUGCUCAGAAUACAAUGUAUCUGUAACACCGCUAGAAGAUGAACUUCUUAGAUUCCGUCUCCAAGGUCCCCUAGCUCAUCCAGUUCUUCUGGAUGCACUCCAGGUUGCUACGGUAACACCUCAUGAAACGUUCCAGGAUGAAAGAGAUGAUGGGAGCGACACCUUAUGCUGGUGGGAGAAAUACUAUCGGGAUGAAAGUCACCUUGAGACCUUUAAGCAGCAGGCUACUACAUGGAAGAAAUUCAGUGAGCUGCAGUCAACAUCGGAGAUACCCACCAAUGCGGUGAUCUCGCUGGUCGUACGGGACCCUCGUGUUGUAUUACCAAAGAAAAGAACUAAAAUCAUGGUGGAUCCUGAUCAACUUGCAGAUGAACCAUCCAAUCAGAGAGCUCACAAGCUUCCGAGAGAGUCUAGCAUCUCUCCACUCUGGUCACCAAUGGUAAGAGAGUCGGUGGCCUCGGAACAAAAAUCAAACCAUGAACUUAACCAGCUCCGUUCUGAUCUUCUGGUACCUGGAACUGACCUGAAUCUAGGUCGGUCUGAAGCCCGCAUCCCGGUCCUACUCCUGCACCAUCCUGGGAUCAGAACAUCUGCUUGCAAUGAAGGGAAUGAGAGUACAGGGAUGCUAGGGUAUGGUGGAGGUUGGGACUUGGUGGUGCCCAGGAAAUGGGGUAUGGCUUUCUGGAUGGGGUUGGUGUACAGAGGAGCAAGGGCGUGUGGGCUUCGUGAAGCAGAUAAAGUGUCCCUCCACUGCAGCAUGCCAAGGUAUCCUUAUGACUUCCCUGACUCAGAUGCAGGGCGCACCAUCGGGAAGUGCAUCGCUGAUGAUCUGCAGCAGACCUUUUUGAAGAAGCCUCCGGCAAAGAGACCAAAUCAUGGUAAACUUGGAAUAGCAGCUCCUUUCUGUCCACCAUGGUUUCAGCUUAUCAAGGAGUGGGUCUUGAAGGAGACUGGGGAAGCUAGUUGUGCAGAAAGCGUGGUGCAAGGGUGGUAUGUACUCAGGAACAAGGAGAAGCUUGAUAUGCUAAGGACAACUAUGCAAGGAUGGUCCAAGAAGCAGGGAGGAGUGGCCAGGAAACAAAGCAAGUUGGCUGUUACAGGGGGAAAGCAUCCUUCCAACAUUGCAAACAGUGCCACCAGCAAAGAAAGGAAAGAAUUACCUGAUCAUCUAUCUUUGCUAGAACCUGUAACAAACAGUCUUGUGCCUUUGGAGAACAGAACUUUUGUAUGGGUUGGACUGCAUAUGGUGAACAGGGGUUUCCCAUCCCAAUUUGCAAUCGUCUGUCUUCCAAGUAAUGCUGACCUUGCAGAACUUGCCCGGAAUCCUAACUACGGUGGCCCAGAAGAGCCUGUUCAUAAGGAAUUCUGUCUUCCGAAGAAGAGAAAGUUGGAGAAAAGCCAGAAAGGCUCAAAUGCAAAGAAGGUCAAAGUCACCCAAGAGCAUAGACCAAAACCUCCAUCAACACCGGCAGACUUUGGAUAUGUGAGCAAAGACAAGAUGGACCUUCCAGGGAAGGGUUUGGACAUUGCUCAAGAAUGUGUUUCUAGUGGAUCAAAUGUUGACAGUUUUAGUUUACAGACUACAGGUGCCCCAAAUUCAGGACAGUGCCAUGACGACAAAGACAUAGGAUCGCAGAAAAAAACGGAAACCAUUCCAACUGUCACUAAGAGUAACACUGAUGGUGUAGCCUCGUGUAAAACCUCAACAUUGACUGAUGCCAAAUCUUCAAACCAAGGAAGACAUGCAACGGGAGCUGCUUCAGGUGAAGUGAUGACGUCAAUAGAACAGUCAUCAUCACCAGUAUCAACUCCUGAAGUAAGUGGGAGUGCAACAUUUAACACUGAUGCUGCAAUGAAGGUUCCUGUACAACCCCAACCAUCUGAGAGCAAAUCAUCUGAAACAUCCCCACCUAUCACACAUAAGGAACUUCUCACAUCCUGUACGCGUUCAAUCAUUGGCUUUGUAACAAAUGGGGCACAGUCGUUUAGUUGUGGCAAGGGGAUGGGUGUUGGGUUCUGUGCUACGCUAGGUCUCAUCAACCUGAUGAGGGCUUCUCCUAGAGGUCGAAAGUUAGUUGUACUGGUCAGAGAUGUCCAAAGUUUACAGUACAGGUUUGCGUACAUUUAUAUCCCUUCAUAACACAGACAGUGAACCAAUGUGCCUUUAAUUAAUACUACUGUUUUUUUUUCAUAGGGAGUGGAAUACCAUUUUGGUUUAUCCCUAUGCUUUAGUCUGGUCUAGGAUCUCAUGUGGAAAGAUUUAACUUACAAGCUGUAAAGUAGUGAUUUAUCAAGGGCAGGGAGAUGGCCUUUUGUAUCACAAUCCAUAUCCUUCUACCAUUAUGGUAGAGGCCAAUCAGGAGAUGUCUUUCAUGAUUGUUUAAGUCACAUUUUAACAAUGUAAUGUGAAUGAUCUUACUCUCCCUAGCUUGCAGUCUGUGAAUAUAGCUAGGGCCAAACUUAAAGAAUGGUUGUAUCAUUCAUUCACCACUUGAAAGCAGACAUUAGUGUGGUCAAUAGAAGAUCUAUGUGUAUUAUUUUUUAAAGAUAUCUAUCACUAAAGGAAACCAAAACCCAAGAAAAAAAGCAAUCUUAUUGGAAAGAGUAAAAUGAGAGGAACAAUUUGAAAACAAGUUUCAUCAACUUCGGUUAUGACAUAGGCAAGUUAUGGACGCUUAAAAAGUCUUGUUCUUUCUAUGGGGAUCCUCAAAUUGGCAAACAUGCUUCAAAAUGGCUGAUUUUGUGUACAACGCUCCAUUUGUUUUGUACACAUUUUCAGCCGCUUUAUUUUACAUAUUUCACAUCAUUUCCUCCUGACCUUGACAUAUGUGGUGUGAAUUAUAUUUCCCCAUGACAUAUAUUAUGCUCAGAAGUAGGCAAUAUGCAAUUUUAAAGAUAAUAGGGAAAAUCUGAUAUGUUGUGUACAAAACAAAUGGAGAGUUGUUCACAAAAUCCAUCUUGAAGCAUGUUUGCCAAUUUGAGGAUCCCCAUAGAAAGUACAAUACAUUUUGAACGUCCAUAACUUGCUUAUUUCACAACCGAUUUUGAUGAAACUUGUUUCAAAUUGUUCCUCUCAUUUUACUCUUUCCAAUAAGAUUGUUUCUCAUCUUGGGUUUUGGUUUCCAUUAAGCAGCUUACUUUGAAUCCAUUGGGUCACUGCAUACAUAUAUUUACAUAUCAUUUUCUCAUUGUGCACUGGUCAUGUUGAUGCAAAAUGAUCUUUGAUUCCACCCUAGUUCUUGAGAAAAAAAUAGUAAUGUAAUGAACUUUAAGUUGUUACUAGAAACUUGGUGGAGAAGUUUUGUUGGAUUUUGUACUAAUAGGAGUUAUUCAGUUGAUUUAGGGAAAAAUAAUGAACUCUUUUUUAGUUCAAAUGUUUAUAUUUAAUGAACUGUUUGAAUUCUCAAUUUUUUAAAUAUAACAGAAAUAGACAAAUAGAACAUGUGGCUCAAGCCAUUAUGAACAAUAGGUUCAAAUCAUAAUACAUAUAUAUGAUAUGUAGGUCUAAUAAAUAAAUUAUAUAUUUACCGGUAUUUACCGUUUUUAGGUCAUAUGGCAUAUCUUCCAUUAAUGAUAUAUAUGAUUUUUUAAUUUGAAGCUGUUAGAAGCAAGAUUGUUGGUAUUUUUUUUGUGAAAAAAAAACCUUGAACCUAUUUUAAAUUGACAUUUAUCCUGUUGAUAGAGACUCCACUAUCUCUGUCAAUAAUCUACAAAAUUGUAUAGUAAUUUAUUUUAAGUGAUUAUGCUAAUUUAUGCAUAAUAAGUAUGCAAAAUCAUACUUUUCCCUCAUGACAUGUACAUGAGAAAAUUGUGAUAUCAGAUCAAUUUCUUAUGUAUUAUAUUGUUUUUUGCAAUUUCUUGUGUAUUUCUUAGUUUUUUUUACCUUUGGUUUUUCAUUGUUUUUUCAAUGAAAUUUGUUGGGGACUCUUCUGAGAUCAUAAACAGCAUAAAAUAAAUACAUUUGGACCAGCAAAACUAAAAAUAAUCAUACAUUUAUGAUUUUUGGUUGAAAACACAAUUUGCAUUGACUUUGUACACAAAAUCACGUUUUUGAGCAAUUUUUGGUCUGACAUGCAUGUACAUAAUGUUGCGUAAUUUCGGAACCGCGUACCCAGGUGACGCGAAACUGGUCACAAAAGUUGUGCAAGACUUGAAAGUAAAAAGUCAGUGAGUGGCGCGGUCAAAAAAUUUCGCAUGGCGAAAAUAUUGCGCGAACCGUUGAGAGGGGGCCUCUGAGGCCCCCCCCCCCAGCCUGGAUAGGGUUAAAUGUUCCUCCACCUUGCUCUCAUGAAAUCUCAUGCAAAUUAAUUGCAGGAAAUGGUGGUGAUUUGGCAUAUGUUGGUCUAUGAAUUACAGUACAUGAGUAGGUUCUAAUAAAUCACACUUCUCAUGGAAGCCUCCAA